AAAAAGGCAGUCUGCGUUCAGAGAUUAAACCGAAGUGGAUAACCUAACCUAACCUAACCUAACCUAACCUAAUCAAGUCUGCUCUGACAGUCCGCUGCUCGGCUUGCUCAUCGUUAGUUAGUCGCUCGCGAUCCUCUCGUGAACGAAGCACGGCUUUUGUGGGAGAAAUGAUUGCCGGACGUGCGUUGCAUUUUGUGUUGAAGAUCCCGGAUCGCGCAUUAACGGCCAAGUUUUACCGCGAGGUCCUCGGGAUGAAGGUGCUGAGGCACGAGGAAUUCUCGGACGGAUGCGAGGCCGCUUGUAACGGACCGUACGCGAAUCGCUGGAGCAAAACGAUGAUAGGGUACGGCCCCGAAGACACUCACUUCGUGAUUGAGUUGACGUAUAAUUAUGGGGUCAAGGAAUACGAAUCUGGGAACGACUUUAAGGCCAUCACUAUUCGUUCGAAGGACGCGCUUGAAAGGGCGCGCGCGAAGGGCUGGCCAGUGCACGAGGAAGACGGCAAGUUUGUGAUACAGGCACCCGGUGGAUACAGAUAUUACAUUGUUAACGAGCAGCAACCUGCCAACAGCGAUCCUGUUGAGAAAGUAACUUUAUCCAGCUCCAACCUUGAACGUACGAUUGCCUAUUGGAAAGAUAUGUUGGGAUUAAAGGUGUUUGACAGGAAAGAUAAAAGCGUAUUGAUGGGCUACAGCAAAGAUCAAGCUAAACUUGAAUUUGAAGAUAUUGGCACUGAAGUUAAUCAUGCAAAAGCAUAUGGACGUAUCGCUUUCUCGAUACCAUUUUCGGAGCAACGCGCGAUCCAAAAGGCUAUUAAAGAAAGUGGAAAUAAAAUCUUGACCGACCUGAUAACUCUAGAUACACCGGGGAAAGCUUCCGUGAGAGUUAUCAUUCUUGCUGAUCCGGAUGGACACGAGAUCUGUUUUGUAGAUGACGAGGGAUUUAAACUGCUCUCCGUUCCAGAUUAUCCGAGCGAAGCAAUUUUAGACAGAUGCAUUAAAAAGGAGGCGACGAAUAAGGCGUGAAAAACUACAUGUUCUAUCGCUGAAGUAUUAUUUGUAAUUUGAAACAAAAAUAAUAUUAAGUUCAGACACUAAUGGUGGUGGGAUGUAAGUUGUAAAGAGUUUAAUACUUAAGUGAUGCGAGACAUAUCAAAAUGAAAAUAAAUGUAAAUAUGCAAAUAAAAAAUGUUCUCGUUUUUUGUACGACUGAACUUAA